AUGCAGACCGGAACCGACCCACGCUUGUUGAUCAAUCCCGACAUUGUUUUGGCACACCAGCGACUAGAAGAGGACAUACAUCGCCAAAUGAAUCCAAAUCCAGCAGAUGAGGACAACAGGCCUGAAGAAAAUUUUAAUCACUACGAUCCGCAACCAGAAGCCCAUGAAAAUGAUGAUAGUCUAAUUGAUCAAUUGAAUGCACAUCACACCUCAGUAGAUCAGCGAAAUCGACAUCAGGCAACAAAUAACCACUGGACAGAAUUGAUUCCAACCCUCCAUGGAGCAUACCUUUGGCUCCAAGUCAAGACAAAGAACUGGACAAGCUCCAAUGCUUUCGAAAACCUUUCAUCGGACUUUUGCGAGUGCAACCAGUUUAAAAAUCGAAAAGUGGACUUGAUCGAUUUGAAUAUUUCUUGUUGGGAGGUCAAAAACGAGAGUCCAUUUCUUUCUGCCAGUGCACACCUGAUAUACUCCACCUACUUGCUCGUGGAUACAUUGGUAGUACACCAGUAG